GUGUUUAAGGAAUUACUUUGUACAUCUCUGGAUGCUAGAAAUGGUUAUCGUGAAGGAAAGAAGCUAGAUAGCUACUAAAGAUAAAAUGGGAGCAUUUUAUUGUGCAGUAUGCAGACAGACCGAUUUCUCAGGAAAGGGGCAUAUCUACGGAAAAAGUCAUCAGUGCAAACUUAAAGUAGUUCUGGUUAAAUUCAUAGAAAAGGUGAAGGAAGCGCGGCGGUCUGUUAAACGACCGCAGGUGGUAAAAUCCGACUUUAUGCAGCACGAGGGCAAAUUUUGGUGUUACUGUUGUGCACUCGAAGUGCAGAAGCACGUAGCCGACGGCAGCGUGACUGUGCUUCACGGAGGCUUGCUGGAACACAUGAGCACCCGAGAGCACCGCACAAACACACACGCGUUCUGGUGGAGGAAUAAAGCCGACCCUAAGUUGAGAGACAAAGUCAUCAUCACGGAGGAAGAGAUCGAGAGAUUUAAGGCCGAAGUUGCCAAGGCUAUAGAGCAGUAUGAGGAGAAUGAGGACACACUUAUAAAAGAGCAAGCUGCCAUAAUCAGGUCCCAGGAGCAUCACAGGUUGGAAGUCCUACAGUCUUUGAUAGAGCCGGAGCCAGAGUGGCGACAGUCUGCUGAACAGGGCCAGCAAGUGAUGCAGCAUACAACCUGUAGCAUGAGUGCUGAUAUGGCAAGCAGCUUUCAAGCUAGUUCACAUGACUUGAGGGACCAGGCAGGGCCAAGCUACGUGGACCCCUUCCUGCAGAGGCAGUGGGCCGAGCCAGAACAUGGUCUGACUUUCAUCGGCCAUCAGGACUCUUCUGGUAGUGGGAAUGUUCACACAGGAGCCAUGCCCCCUUGGCUGUUGGAGGAGCCCGACGACGAGGGCAUGGCUAGCACCCAGCAAGAGAUUGGUCCCUCCCUGCAAGAGUUCCUUAAACACAAAGAGCAAGAGAAGCUCAAAAAGCUCCCAGCCAACCGCGUGGGGGCUAACUUCGACCAUGGUUCGUGCACCGAUGCUGAUUGGCUGCCAUCCUUUGGGCGUGUGUGGAACAGCGGCCGGCGCUGGCAGUCCAGGCACCAGUUCAGGCAGGAGGAGGCUAGAGGCAGGAGGAAGAGGAGGAGGGAGCGCGGGGGGAAGGCCACAGCAAAGCAGAAUCACCUCUAUAAUGGAGACUUGUGAUUUGACAAGUGCUCAUGUAUUGUGUACAUAUGACGUGUAAAUAUUUGGUGUUCUGGUUAUGAAAAGGAAAGUCUCGAUUGUAAGUUCUAGAUUAAUUCCAGCAAAAUGAACAGGCUGAUGUUUUAGUGUGGGCUUUACUGGUAGAUGUAAAAUCUGGCAGAGAUAAAUUGAGACUGUAAGGUUCAGUGUUCUGGCAAUAUCCCACUGCAAUUGAGGUCAGUAAUGGUGCAUGUGUACUGGCUUUCUAAAGUUGCAAGUACAUGACAGCAAAAACAUGGACAAUUGGAUUAGUUCUAAUUUCUGUAUUAUACCAAUACAGCUUCAUUUUCUCACCUUGAGAAUUCUUUGGCUUCAGAUCUAAAUGAGUGUGUCAUAUCAACUUAAUGGUCCUGGAGCCAGUGCAUGAUUCUAAUUCUUUUUACCAGUUCCAUCCCGAAGCUGAAAUAACUUGCAUACUAUUGGCUGGGAUCAAAAAUCAAAUUCAUACAGGUGUGUUUCCAGUUUAUUGAAUAAAGUUAACAGGUGAAGUG